AUGGCUGCCAAAACAGGUAGGUUAAUUUACAUAUUUUAAUGUUUCUUUCGCAAUUAAUAUAACUCGUGUAGGGACAAAAUAUAACCUGGUCAGCGGCUUUGUCAGACAGAACUAAUUUAUGAUAAACUUAAAUAGUAACAAAGAAGUAAAAAGUAAACAAAGUGUGUUGAUAAAAUAAAGAUAUUUUAUACUAUAUAAGGUGUGAAUUCCACAUUGGUGACCCCGUAUUUACUUCAUCAUUAUGACGAUUCUGUUAAUAUUAUGUUAAUGUAUGCGAAAAAACUAGAACUGCACGUGACGUCAUAUCUAGGUCACGCCAUCUUUUAUAUAUUGCUUUUAACACAUGGUUUUACUGUUAACGUUGUUGUUACAAAAUGUAAAUUAUAAAUUCAAAUAUCCGUUGUCCGAAUGAAUGAUAUUCAAUAAUACUAACAGACUCCUUCUUCAUCAGACAACUCGAACAAAACUCCGCCACCUACGGCCGCUACGAACGUCGUAGCUACGAACGCGGUGGCAGUUAAAAUUCCGCCAUUUUGGCCUUCCGACCCAGAGCUCUGGUUUGCACAAGUCGAAGCGCAAUUUUCGGUGAAGAAUAUGACAUCACAAGGUACCAAAUUCGCUCAUGUCGUCGCGGCUUUAUCGCCCGAAGCUGCCACUGAGGUUCGCGACCUGAUCCUUACGCCUCCUUCUACGAAUCCGUUCGACGUACUUAAAGCUACACUCACCGAGCGAGUGUCCCUUUCCAAGCGUCAAAAGAUCCAACAACUCUUACAGGCUGAAGAGUUAGGGGACCCAAAAUCAUCGCAACUGCUCCGACGCUUACAACAAUUACAUGGUACAUCCGGCAAAAAGCUUCUUCGUGAGCUUUUCCUACAGCGCCUGCCUUCGAAUGUCCAGAUUGAUUUGUUAUCAUAUCCAGACAAACCGUUGGCUGACUUAUAGCAUUGAUGGCUGAUGGAAAGAUAGAGCUAACUGAUGCUCGCCCAUCCAUUGCCCAGAUUGAAACACCCGAGUCAGCAGAAAUCUCAUCAAUCAGAUCUGAUCUCAAUAAAGUUCUCACGCUUCUUGACACUGGAGCACGGAAACUUGCUGCUGAUCCCAAGUUGGUCAAGGAAGGUCUCUGUUGGUAUCACACCCGAUUUGGUACACAGGCUUCGAAAUGUCGUCAACCCUGUACCUAUACCGCGCCGGGAAACGGUCAAACGACAAGCCCGAUCACCAGUAGAGGCGCACGUGACUGGGGGUUCCUCAAGCCACCUGUUGUAUGUGACGGACAAACAUUCAAAAACUCGGUUUCUAAUUGAUACAGGUGCCGAGGUCAGUGUUUUCCCAGCUACGCAACAUGACAAGCGGUAUUGCAGAAGGAGGGUUUCUCUGACCGCGGCUAACAAUUCGACAAUUCAUACCUAUAGCAAGCGUGAACUUUGCCUGGACCAUGGUCUUCACCAAUUUUAGGUGCUUCCUGCGGUAUAUUCGGGUGUUGGUUGAUGUUGCCAACUCUUGUCUCGUAGAUGCAGCAACAUCAAUGACUGUCCCUGCACAGACCUCACCAUUCCGUUCCCUUUCUCUCAAUCGCAUAUCGCUAGCUAAACCCACCAAUGGGUUCGAUACCAUUUUUGCUGAGUUUCCAGCAGUCUGUAAACUCCGCAUCAUCGAUCCAGCUGUUAAGCACAAUGUUCAGCACCAUAUUAUCGCGGCUGGACCGCCCACUUUUGCGAAAGCUGGACGCCUUUCUCCUGAAAAAUUCGCAGCUGCAAAAACCGAGUUUGACCAGAUGUUGUCUUCUCACACGGUGUGCAUAUCAUCAAAUAACUGGGCAUCCCCACUUCAUAUGGUCCCAAAGUCGAACGGUGACUGGCGCCCCUGUGGUGACUAUCGAUCGAGCUCUCAAUGCAGGGACUAAACCAGACCGUUACCCUGUGCCUCAAGUUCAGGAUUUUUCUGCUCGCCUUCCUGGUUGUAAAAUCUUCUCCAAGAUUGACCUGGUUUGUGCAUACCAUCAAAUUCCUGUCGCUCCUGAGGAUGUCUCUAAAACAGCAGUCAUUACACAAUUCGGCCUUCUUGAGUUCAAACGUAUGCCAUAUGGACUGCGCAAUGCGGCCCAGACAUUCCAACGAUUCAUGGAUGAGGUCUGCCGUGACCUAGAAUUUGUGUUUGUAUUCUUUGACGACAUCCUGGUUUUCAGCACCACGCCUGAUCAACAUCGCCACCAUUUGCGCCAGCUUUUUCAGCGACUGGAACAUUACGGCUUAGUCAUUAAUCCUAAGAAGUGUGAGCUUGGCCGUACACAGUUAUCAUUCUUAGGUCAUCAUGUCAGUGCCCAAGGGAUUUCCCCUCUUUCAUCCCGCAUCCAAGCUGUUACAGAAUUUCCUCAACCUGUUGACAAGAAGAAGUUUCACAGGCUACAUCCUUUGCACAAACUAUUAUCCUCUACCAAUUUUAUUUGGUUGAUCUCCAGAAUGCGAGCAGACAUUCCAGUUCUGUAAAUCCGCCCUAUAAUGCACCAACCAGUAUAACAUCUGAUGCCUCAGAUCUAGCUGUGGGAGCCGUCUUUGAACAAUUUAUCGAUCAUGAGUGGCGCUCCAUCGGCUUCUUUUCUCGUAAGCUACAGCGGAAAAAAACACGUUACAGUACGUUUGAUCGAGAGCUGCUUGGCGUUUACUUAGCCAUUCGUCAUUUUCGGUGGUUUAUCGAAGAUCGUGUGUUCCACGUGUACACUGAUCACAAACCCUUGACUUUUGCAAUCUCAAGUGGGUCAACACAACGCUCACCACGGCAAAGCCGGCAGUUGGCUUUUAUUUCUGAGUUUACCACCGACCUGCGACACGUCAAGGGUAAGAAUAACGCAGGGACAGACGCGUUUUCCAGAAUCCAAAUCAAUGCCACCUCUACCGAAAUUGACUUUCGGGCAAUGGCUCAAGCACAAGCUGAUGAUCAUGAAACCCAGUGCCUGAAAGCUGGGGUAACAAAUUUAAAGUUAGUGGAUGUUCUCCUUGAUGGCGAUGACAACCUUACACUUCGCUGCGACUCAUCUCAGGGUAAUAUUCUACCAGUAGUCCUAGAGUCUUUUCGUCGCGAGAUAUUCAACCUGAUACAUAAUUUUCCCAUCCAGGCGCUAGAUCCACCUGUAAGCUCGCAAUCUAAAAUUCAUCGUCAUACUACAGCGCCGCUCCAGAAGUUCGAUAUCCCAGACCAUCGUUUCGCUGAGAUUUACGUUGACAUUGUCGGCCCACUUCCGCUGUCUUGA